CUAGCUUUCAUGUAAUUUUGUCUUUCCUUUUACUACUCUUCAAACGCGGCCGCCGGCUUUUGCUUUCAGCAGUAAGUUGUAUUUGGAAGGAUGGUGAGGGUCAGCGUUUUGAAUGAUGCACUGAAGAGCAUGUACAAUGCUGAGAAGAGGGGCAAACGCCAGGUCAUGAUCAGGCCUUCCUCGAAAGUGAUCAUCAAGUUCCUUUUGGUCAUGCAGAAGCACGGUUAUAUUGGAGAGUUUGAGUAUGUCGAUGAUCACAGAGCUGGUAAAAUAGUGGUCGAAUUGAACGGAAGGCUUAACAAGUGUGGAGUCAUCAGUCCUCGUUUCGACAUAGGAGUGAAGGAGAUCGAGGGUUGGACUGCUAGGCUACUUCCGUCAAGACAGUUUGGGUAUAUUGUGCUGACUACAUCUGCUGGAAUAAUGGACCAUGAAGAAGCUAGAAGAAAGAAUGUUGGUGGAAAAGUACUAGGCUUCUUCUAUUGAGGGAUUUCUGAUCUUCAUGUUUAGAACUUUAUGAAAUUAUGUGUUUUACCUUGGGGACAGAAUAGUUUAGCUACUCUUUCAAAUUUUGGUUCUGAUCCAAUAUGUAUUU